AUGUCUUCUCAAAUUCCGCGACCUGCGCUCAAUCCAGAGCUUGCUCACGUGCAUCAGGCCCUCCCCAAGAUUGGGAUGAGCACCAAGGAAGAGCUCGAAUCUUACCGUCAAUUUUUAGGAUCGUCCUUCUCGCUGGAGGAUGCGAUCCGAGGCAGAGAGGAUAUGCUCUCUUACGAAGAACGAGACAUCCCAGGGCCAGCCGGACCGAUGAGGGCCACGAUUUUUCGUCCAAAGAACCAGACUCGGCGAAUAGAAGACAGACCGGGAGUUCUGUGCUUGCAUGGCGGUGGGCUGGUCAGUGGGAAUCGCUUUGUGGGAGUCAUUGGCAUGUUGGAUUGGGUCGAGCCCCUCAGUGCUAUCCUUGUAACUGCCGAAUACCGCCUCGCUCCUGAGCAUCCCCAGCCCGCAGCGCUAGAGGACAGUUAUGCAGCACUCCAGUGGAUGAACAAUCACUCGACAGAACUCGGAUUCAACCCGCACAAAUUAGUUGUAUGUGGUGGCUCGGCAGGCGGGAAUCUCGCCGCCGGGGUUACGAUACUUGCCCGCGACCGAUCAGGACCUAAAAUCUGCGCUCAAGUACUGAUGUAUCCGUUACUCGAUGAUAGUAAUCAGGGGCAUUCUGUACAGCAAUUUGGUGACCUUGCUCCGUGGACCGGGUCGAACACUAUCGAUGCCUUGAGAUACGCACUUGGCGAGAAUCACGAGCAUGCUGACAUAUAUACCGUUCCCUCGCGCGCUACGAAUCUCCACAGCUUGCCACCCACAUUUAUUGACGUCGGUGAGGCGGACGCAUUCCGUGAUGAAGAUGUGUCUUAUGCUGCGAACUUGUGGAAGUCUGGUGUAUCCACUGAGUUGCACGUAUGGCCUGGUUGCUGGCAUGGCUUCGAUGCGCGGGGGCUGUUCGUCUGA